GAAGCCACCAUUUUGGAAGGAGGCGGUUUGAAGUUGUAUUGGGUUCGGAUUUGUUUUAGUCGGGGAGCGUGGCCGUCCCCGCUUGAGCUCCGGAAUGCUUGGCGAGCGAGUAGCUGACUUGUUUUGAGAUGCUUCAUGCUGUGUGUAAGCCAAGAUACUUUGAAAAUCUGGAUAUCUCAGUAGCCGAGCCCUCUUCUAAAAGGAUGAAAUCUACAGAAGAGCCUUAUGGUAAAUCCUAUGAUGGAUUACAAACACUUCAUGAGGAAAUACAUAUUAAAAAAACCCAUUCUGGCUUUAUUCCAUUGUCGCUAUCUGACGAUGAUGAAGAAGAAAAAGAGAGAAAGAGAAAUGCAGAAGUGUUAAACUCAUUUAACCAAGUACCUUCUGGUCAAACACCAAGUUCCACAGAAUGUUCAAGUUUAAUAAACAAAACUGAAAUUAAAGGAAAUAAUUAUUCUUUUGUUACUGACAGCAGCAAUGUAACUCAUAAUGGAGAUAACAAUUUCAUUAAUGAACAUAAGAAUAAAGGGGAGAUGGAAUUAUACAGCACAAGCAAAGCAUUUAUUGGGCCCAUUUAUAAAAAUAAAAGUAAUUGUGAACAUAAACAAAAGCAAAAGUGUAUUGAAAACAACUGCUCAAAGAGAUCAAAUACUUUUACUGGUAGAAAUUCUCAGAAAGAAAUAGUGCAAGCUAUCUUCUAUGAUAUGCCAAAAAUAGAAGAUGAAUUGUCACAAUUCUACAGGGAAAUUGAUCAGCUUGAAAGUAAUGAAAGUUGUCUGGAUACACCUCAUCCACCUCUGGACUGUAGUAAAUCAAAUCAAGUAAUUUAUUUAAAGUCUCAAGAAUUAUCUCAUAAGACAUUACUUAAGAGUAAUGAGGGACAUUGUUUUUAUAAUGAAUCAAAUGGUUAUAAAACUGGCAAAGACCAAUACAUUUGUAGUGAUACAAGUGGUCACAGAAUUGGCAUGGAACAAAGUGAACAUGGAAGAAAUGCAUGGGAAACCAAACAACCGUGUAACAAACAAGAUUCUAGAUUCUGGAAUGAUUUUGUACCUCAGUUUAGGCAUAGUGGGCCACAGACCCAUCCAUUUGUAAUACCUUACAACCCACCACAUCAAUUUACUGCUCACUUUAAUUUUCAUGACUCUAAUUCUUCAUCACUUUGUUCAGAUGGUUUCAAUUCUUCAAAUACAGAAUUUAAAAAAAUUAACAUGAACAGUUCAGAAUUUGAUCAAAGUAAUCCAUACAGUAAUCACUCCAGUAUUCAUAGUAUGCAUACAAUCAGAAAUGAAUGUAAUGUACCUGAUGGAUAUAUGUUUAAUGGUUUCUGUGAAACUCAAGCAAAUUGGAAAAACACUAAAGCUCACAAUUUUGAGGAGUCAAACAAUGUUCCCCAACAGCAUCCUCAGGACAAAUAUGUGUUUAAAAAGCGACUUUUAAUAUUAAGAGGACUUCCAGGCUCUGGAAAGACAACCUUAUCUCACAUUCUCCUUGGUCAGAGUUGUAAUGGCACUGUAUUCAGUACUGAUGAUUACUUCCAUCAGAUCAAUGGAUGUUGGACCUAUAAUGUUUCUCAGCUUGGUGCUGCUCAUGAGUGGAAUCAAAAUCGAGCAAAAGAAGCAAUGGAUCUAGGAAGAUCCCCAAUUAUUAUAGACAACACAAAUAUACAAGCCUGGGAAAUGAAGCCUUAUGUAAAAGCGGCUCUAGAAAAAGGCUACCAUGUGGAAUUCCAUGAACCAGAUACAUGGUGGAAGUUUAAUCCCGAAGAACUAGAAAAGAGGAAUAAACAUGGGGUCAGUCGUGAGAAGAUUGUGCAAAUGCUGGAAAGAUAUGAAUAUCAAAUCUCGAUACCCAUUGUCAUGAAUUCAGUGCUUCCUUUUCAUAAAACUUCAGAAAGACCAUAUUUACAAAGAAGACAGAGGGAACUGGUUGUAAAGAGGAAACACAGAUUACACAAGAUAAAACAAAAAAAGAAACGAAGGAAGAACAGAAAAAUGAAAAAUGCUGUUAUUACAUCAGUGGACACAAAAUCAGAUGGACAUUUAAUUCCAAGUGAUGGGGAUUUAUCACGAAGUGAGCAAGAAAGUUCAGAAGACAAUGGACAAUCAGAAUUAGUGACUGGCCAUCUAAAUGAAGCUAAAAUUGAUAGUGAGAAUGGCUCAACGAAGUAUAAUCAUUUACAGCUUUCUGAAUUGCAAAAAAAGGAAAUCCUUGAUUCUGUUGUAGUAAAUCCAGUGUCUUUAAAGAAGUCACUAAAAGCAGAUAUUACUGAAGAUGUGUCAAUAUCAAUUACUCUAAAUGAAAAUAUAGCUGGCCAAUUAUCCAACUGUCAUUUAUCAAAUCGGAUAAAAAACAUAUCACUUGCAGAAUGUGACAGUAAUACUUUAGAUCAUAAUCAAAAUUCAUUUCAACAAUCAGAUCAAAAUGAUGCAAGAAAAAAUACUGUAUUGACUGAUGAAGAAAAGAAAAAUACAUCUGCUGAAUAUACAUGUGACUUGGUCCAAGGAAACCAAAUGUUAAGCAAUGAAGAGGAAACAACUCUUCCGCAUCCACAUGAGACUUCAAAAAGUAAUGAAAUGAGUUCCUGGGCUUUCUUUUCCUUUGAUUUGGCUGAUGAACAAUUUCAGACUAAGACAGAGAAAAAUGAAUCCUGUUUGGCUUGGCCUGAGGAUGUAUCUAAAAUCAUGUUUGAGCAAAGACCAAAAAAGAUCAAAAGACCUAAGAAGAUGCUUUCAGAAGCAACAACAGAAACGACGGAUUAUAAUUCUAGUAAAGAAUUAGUGAAAGAAAGCAGUGAAAGACUCCUGCAUGAAAAUAACAAUACAACAAUUACCUCUUUGUCAUUAUUGCUGAUGGAAAAUAAAAUAUGUGAUAAUUCUAGUGAAUUUGUCAGAGAAAGUGGAAGGAAUACCAGUUUCACAACUGAUGAAUGUAUAUUAACUUUACCAAAGAAAAAAGAAAAAUACAAAAGGAUCUUCAAAUUGGCUCCAAACUUUGAUUUACCAAGGCAUAUUCCUCCUAAAAAGAAUCAGAAAGUGCUAAACAAUAUAUAUACAGUAACAAAGAAAGAAGACAUUUCAAAUGAAGAAAUUAUAGAAAAGAACAAGCGAUUCUGUGAACUUCGAGCAUCUAAUUACAAUGCAGUAGUUGAAUUUUCUGAUUUUGAUGUGGAACUUCCCUUACACAAUGGUUCCAAUCAACUUGCAGACGAAUCUGUGAAUAUUUCAACAAAAGAAUCUGAUAUUCCAAUUCAUAUAAGUACUUUUGCUUCAUGUAAAGCUCUCUCACCAAGUGAACAAGAUUUUUUUGAAUUUGAUGAAACAAUAGAAAUUAAAGAAAAGAAAAAGAUAUCUUCAGAUAUUUCAACUAUCCAGCCAGAUAUUUUGCAUUCAGUUAAACUAAUUACUGAAUGCCUUACAAACACCAUGGCUGAAUCAUUUGAAAAUAUGGAAGUGAUUAAUGAAAGUGAACAAACAGUGAAUUCUCAGAUCAAAGAUGUUCAAGAUUCCCCAUAUACAAAAUACAAUUUGGAACUUCCUUUAUCACUAAGAUUUGUACUUCAACUAGUAGAACUUUUUGGUUUUCCAGGAAUUCAAUUAGGUAAUUAUUAG